AUGGCCGCCAAGCUACCAGGUGAAGACGAGUUCAUAAAGAUCGUGGUGGAGAAUCUGAGGAAGAAGGAGAAGCAUGAUGGCGAUGACAGUCAGAAACAUGAACCAGUUGAGAUCUAUGUUACCAGCGAUUAUACACUCGAAGAGCUUUGGCGUACAAUCGAGGAAGAGCUUGAGAUUGUCAGCGACAAGUCUGCCGCUGAUGAAACGCACAUAUACAUUAACGAAUCGCUCCAUGCCGCCGCACAUCGCGAUCAGAGUGUCAAAUUUGAUAUUGAGUAUAAUGACCAAGGCCAGACAUCUCUGAUUAUUGACAAUGCCCUUCAACUCGUCUUUCACCGAACUGUGCGCAUGCCGGAUGAUGAUCGGCUCCAUUCUCUCCCCGGUUCUGUAGGGAAUUUCCCUCUCUACAACACCGAGGACUAUACGGACAGACUGCCGGAGAAUAUUCUGGAGAAAGGAGGACUGUUUUUGCCAAUGUGGCAGCGGGAGGCUCUAUGGAUUGAACUCAGACGGUCAAUAAGCUCUCACACCGUCGAGAAUUCAAAUCAAAUCUACGCUAUCCGAGUCUAUGUCGGCCAGAUCAAUGCAGUCUCGGGUAAGAAUAUGAUGGACGAGGGGGGUACUCAGCAGGAACAAGACUACCUUAUAUUCCCCGGGCAGCCGUGGAUCGACGGCAUCUGCGUCGCGCCGGGUGUUGUGAGGCAGUUUGUCGCCAUGCCAUUGGGCUCCGGAUACACCGUUGAAGGCCAGAAGACCGGCGAGGAAAAGCACGGAGGACUCCAGAUUGAAAUUAUCCCAGCAUACUCCAAAAAGGCACAAAAGUGGCUCGCUGCAACAGAAGAAGAAGCUCUUCAGGACCCUGGACUGUAUCUUGAUGAAUCAAAGACGCCAGCCCAGCUUAGACUAGAAGCUGGUAGCCAGGUCCGAGCGUAUCCUUCACCACCCACUUAUUGUAAACCAGUGGAGGUCGGUGAUUUAUACAGGGUCAAAAAGGACUCUUGCCUUGGUGUUGUAAACCUUGAGGCGUUCUAUUAUGACCAUUGGGAUCUUUCAGACUGGGGAGGUGCUCCUAGAGUCCGAGGGCCUGGUUCACGGGCAAUGAGCGAUAUGCCUGAACUACGCCCGCCAUCCAGGGGACUUUCUACGAUUACUUUCCAAAGCCUUUCAAAAGACACUACUGCUGCAUCAUCUAUGGGCGAAGCUUACCUAGAUGAGCAUAGCGGGGCAGAAGUGUCUCUAGGAAUACCACCGCGAAGAAAACCCCCUCCGGCGAAGAGGAAGACGAAGGCUCGCGGCCCAGGCAGGGGGGCUCUUAAAGCGACACUUCAAACCUCAGAAGUAAAAAGCCCCCCACCCCAGGUUCUGAAUGUCAAGGCCAUGGGUUUGGCGGCUGGAGGAAAACUGGUCCAGGAUAUAAUCGCUGAUCACAAUCCCCCAAAUACAUGGAAUAUCGACGCCGCUCGUCUGAUCAAUAUCCAUAUCCUGGAUCCAGUCAGCUGCGAGUCAGUUACUCACAUUGUCCCGCCACCUAUUCCUAUGAGUGCCUAUGAGGCCGUUCUUUCCAACCUGCCUUUCUUCGUUGUCGAGGAGCAAAUCGACAACCGCCUGGAAGGUGGCGAUUUCGACAAUGUCAAGUCUGUCACUGUGAGAAGAGACUGUGUGAUUGCGUUGUUCGGCCUUGCGAUCAUCAAUUUUGCAACAUGUGCAUCCGAGCAGUAG